AUGCAAGACCUACAGAAUGAUGACCAGACGAUAGCUCUCACCAAAGAGUUCAAGAAAAUGAAACCGCCACAAUUUCAUGAAGGAUUGGAUCCGUUGAAGGCAGAGGCAUGGGUCCUCGGGAUAGAAAAAUUGUUUGAGGUGUUUCCUUGUCAAGAAACACAGAAAGUAUUGCCAGUCACCUUUACAUUAGAAAAUGAAGCAAGAAGGUGGUGGAUGUUGAUACGUGAAAACAAUAAAGAUAUUGGCUGGGCACGAUUCUUAGAAAUUUUCUACGACAAGUACUUUCCACAAUGUGUUCGCGAUAGGAAAGUGUUGGAGUUCAUGGAACUUAAGAAAAAUAGCAUGAUAGUAGCUGAGUAUGAGGCCAAGUUCACUGAAUUGGCCAGAUUUGCACCACACAUGGUCGACACCGACUAUAAGAAAGCAAGGCACUUUCAAGGAGGCCUUCGAAAUGAUAUUCUAGACAAGGUGGAUGCGCUAAAAUUGGAAACCUAUAUUGAUGUGUUAGACCGGGCCAUAAUAUCAUAA